GAUCUCGAUCUCGAUCGGAGCUGAACUGGCCAGUUGCUUGCCUUUAGUCUUUAGUCUUCAGUGUGUUGUGUGGAGUGGAGUGUGGUGCGUUCGGAUCGGAUCGCUCGGUUGCGGUUGUGUGUUUUCAUUAGGGAUAGAUUUCCUGCCCAACGACGGCAACAUAUAAAUUAAAAUUCGACGAGGACAGAGCAAAUUAUUGUGCAGGCUUAAGCGCAUAGGGCAUCAUGUUGCCCUUCUGGAAGCGGCUGCUAUACGCCGCUGUGAUUGCGGGAGCGUUAGUGGGUGCUGAUGCUCAAUUUUGGAAGCAGUCCGGCACGUCCGGUUCGAUCCAGGACUCGGUGAGGCAACACAAUCGAAAUGAACCCCGAUUCCAAAUAGACGAUAGUUACGACAUCGUGGACUCCGCCUCCGUGCAGCGUGGCGAACCGCUGCCCCGGAACUGUACGGCCGGAUAUGCGGGCUGUGUGCCCAAGUGCAUUGCGGAGAAGGGCAACCGCGGCCUGCCCGGUCCGCUGGGACCGACGGGACCCAAGGGCGAGACCGGAUUCCCCGGACUGGAGGGACCGCUGGGCGACAAGGGCCAGAAGGGCGAUCCCGGCCCGUACGGACCACGUGGCUACAAGGGCGAGCGCGGAUCUCAGGGCAUUCCCGGCCAGGCCGGCGUGCCCGGAGUCCAAGGAUCCGCCGGAGCACCCGGUGCUCCCGGUCUGAACGGCAAGGACGGCUGCGACGGCGAGGACGGUAUGCCCGGUCUGGCGGGUCUCUCCGGAAUGGCGGGACCACGUGGCUUUGCGGGUAUUGCCGGCAGCAAGGGAGAGAAGGGUGAGCCGGCCAAGGAGAACGGAGACUAUGCCAAGGGCGAGAAGGGUGAGCCCGGAUUUGCGGGCACGGCCGGUUUCGCCGGACCCCAGGGACUUCCUGGCGAGAAGGGCGACCGCGGUGACACCGGACCAUAUGGCGCCAAAGGACCUCGAGGCGAGUACGGACUGAAGGGCGAGAAGGGCUCCUCCUGUUACGGACCAAUGAAACCCGGAGCACCUGGCUUGAAGGGCGAGAAGGGUGAACCGGCGUCGUCGGUGCCCGUUAAUGGCGGCGUCUCGAAACAAGGAGCUCCCGGCGAUAAGGGAGAAAAGGGCGUGCCCGGCCCAGAGGGCCAAGCUGGUGCUAUUGGCAGUCCCGGAGUGCAAGGAAACGACGGACAGAAGGGCGAGAAGGGUCUGCCCGGCGGCCCAGGCGAUCGUGGUCGCCAAGGAAACUUUGGACCCCCAGGACCUGCCGGCCAGAAGGGAGACCGCGGCUCCACCGGACUUAACGGACUGCCCGGUAAUCCCGGACAGAAGGGCGAGCCUGGACGUGACGGAGAAACGGGUAAGCCAGGUCUGCUUGGACCUCCCGGACCGCCGGGCGGUGGUCGCGGAACCCCAGGACCCUCCGGACCGAAAGGACCUCGUGGCUAUGCUGGUGCACCUGGGCCGCGUGGACUGAGUGGAGCUGAUGGCGAAACGGGUCCGCAAGGCUACGCUGGACAGAAGGGAGGCUCCGGCCUGCCCGGACGUCCUGGCAACGAAGGACCUGCUGGCAGGAAGGGCGAGAAGGGUGUCGCCGGACGUGACGGAUCCCCGGGCCCCGUGGGACCCAUCGGAUACCAAGGACCACCGGGACGCGAGGGCCAGAAGGGUGACGCCGGUAUUCCCGGCAUUGGAAUUCAAGGACCUAAGGGCGAUGAAGGCAUUCCCGGAACCCCCGGACAGAAGGGCAACAAGGGAGAGCGCGGCUUCAAAGGAAACGCUGGUGUGCCCGGUGACUCGAAGCUUGGACGACCCGGAACCCCCGGAACUGCUGGUGCGCCUGGCGAGAAGGGAGACGCCGGCCGUCCCGGCAAUCCCGGCCAGAAGGGCGACCAGGGACCGAAGGGUGAGAUCGGCGGCAAGUGCUCCUCCUGCAAGAGCGGAGCCAAGGGCGAGAAGGGCGCCAUCGGUCUAGCUGGAAUCCCCGGCAAGGACGGCGCCCGCGGUCCGCCUGGCGAGCGCGGAUACCCCGGUGAGCGUGGACAGGACGGCAUCAACGGCAGGACGGGUCCGCCCGGUGAACGCGGAGAAGACGGUAUGACUGGUGCUCCCGGAGCCACGGGUCUGCCCGGUCUGCCGGCCACUAUCAAUUGGAGCUUGGUGGAACCAAUCAAGGGCGAUAAGGGCAAUGCCGGCCUAACCGGAGCACCAGGUAUCCAGGGACUCCAGGGAGCAAAGGGCGAGCCAGGAGCCAAGGGACCCCCGGGAUUGCUCGGCCUCAAGGGCGACAAGGGAUUGUCCGGAGCACCCGGCGUCGAUGGCACUCCCGGACGCGCUGGACGCGAUGGCUUCCCCGGCCUGCCCGGCAUUUCGAUCAAGGGCGAGCCCGGCUUCAACGGACUGAACGGCAUUAAGGGCGACAAGGGACCAAUCGGCAGGACGGGCGAGCGUGGAGAACCCGGCAGCUGUGCCGCCGGCGAGCAGCGACUGCCGCCCAAAGGCAGCAAGGGUGAACGCGGAGAGCCCGGCGCACCGGGACCCACCGGAGAUGUUGGCCCCCGCGGAGAGCAGGGCUUCAAGGGAUCGAAGGGUGACACCGGACCCAAGGGACAAGCCGGAAUCGAGGGACCCCGCGGCUUGAACGGACCACGCGGCGAGAAGGGCAACCAGGGCGGCAUCGGCGCUCCCGGUAAUCCCGGCCACGACGGACUACGCGGACUGCCCGGACGCAAUGGCGAGCCUGGAUUGAGGGGAGAGCCCGGAAUUUCGGUGGCCGGUCCCCCCGGUCCUCCGGGUCUGACUGGACUGCAGGGCGAGAAGGGCAACCGCGGACCCAUCGGAGCACCUGGCCUGCCUGGUGCCGAUGGCAGCGUGGGAUAUCCGGGAGAUCGGGGCGAUGCCGGCAUGCCCGGAGCAGCUGGACCUCCAGGACUCGUUGGCGAGAAGGGAGACACCGGUCCCGUGGGACCCGCCGGCAUCCAGGGUCCUCCUGGCGUGCCCGGCAUCAGCGGCGUGCGUGGACUCGACGGCAACAAGGGUGACCAGGGCCAACCCGGUCUGGUGGGCAUGCCAGGCAGCAAGGGCGAACGCGGCGCACCCGGAAACGAUGGACCCAAGGGAUUCGCCGGCGUCACCGGUGCUCCCGGCAAGCGCGGACCCGUCGGCAUUCCCGGAAUUCCUGGUGCCAAGGGCGACAAGGGACACAUCGGCAUGACUGGCAUUGACGGACCGAUCGGAGGCCGUGGACCCCCAGGACCUCCCGGCCUGAUGGGCGUGAAGGGCGACCAAGGAUUCGCCGGUGCCCCCGGACAGCGUGGAUUGGACGGAUUGAAUGGUGAGAAGGGUGCCCAGGGAUUGCCCGGCGUAGAUGGCGCUCCCGGCCUACCCGGCGAUGCCUCCGAGAAGGGACAGAAGGGUGAGCCCGGCAUUCCCGGACUGCGCGGCGACACUGGACUGACUGGCGAACCCGGCUGGCCCGGCGACAAGGGUCAACCCGGCCUGGCUGUUCACGGACGUCCUGGUCCUCAGGGCGAGAAGGGCGACACUGGACGCGCUGGCAUCGAUGGACGCGACGGACUCGCUGGCGAGAAGGGCGAACAGGGACUCCAGGGCGUUUGGGGCCAGCCCGGCGAGAAGGGAUCGGUUGGAGCACCCGGUAUUCCCGGCGCUCCUGGCAUGGACGGACUGAACGGAGCUCCCGGUGCCCCCGGUGCCGUUGGCUAUCACGGUGCCAAGGGCGAUAAGGGUGAAGCGGGUCUGAUCGGUCUGACAGGACUCAAGGGCGCCGUUGGACCCCAAGGACCUCAAGGCUAUGUGGGCGCUCCCGGUGAGAAAGGAGACCGCGGUAUCCGUGGUCAGCCCGGUUUGCCGGCCAUCAUCGACGAAGCGGCUCUGCGCGGCGACAAGGGAUCCCAGGGCGAGCGUGGUCUCACCGGCGCCAAGGGCGACAAGGGUGCCCGCGGAGAACAGGGUCUGACCGGCUUCACCGGAGCCAAGGGCGAUCGCGGCUUCCAGGGACCACCGGGUGCCGCCGGACUGAACGGCGCUCCUGGUCAGAAGGGUGACAUUGGACUCCAGGGCGAGCAGGGAUACCCCGGUCGCCCCACCAAGGGCGAGAAGGGUCUUCCCGGUCGCUCCGGCAGGAACGGACGUCAAGGACUUACUGGAGCACCUGGCCUGAUUGGUGAGCGCGGUCUGCCCGGCUUGCCCGGAGAGCCUGGUCUGGUGGGUCUGCCCGGUCCGAUUGGAGCACCUGGCGCCAAGGGAGAGCGCGGCAUUGCCGGCAGCCCCGGACAACCUGGACAGGAUGGCUUCACCGGCGCACCCGGAGCGAAGGGUGACGUGGGACUGCAGGGCUUCAAGGGAGAGCGCGGUGCGAACGGCUUCGAGGGACAGAAGGGCGACAAGGGCAACCAGGGAUACCAGGGUCCGCCCGGACAGCCCGGUCUGAACGGCAUCAAGGGCGACAUUGGCUACCCCGGACUGAACGGCGCCGAUGGACCACCGGGCCCUCAGGGCGAACGUGGACCAACCGGACCGAAGGGACGCGAUGGAGUCGACGGAUACCCCGGCUUGGCGGGACAGAAGGGUGAGCCGGGCUUGGUGUCGCCACCGGGACCCAAGGGCGAGCCGGGUCAGCCAGGAUACAAUGGACAGAAGGGUGAGCCUGGGCGACAGGGAGAUCGUGGCCUCGUCGGAAUCCAGGGCCAGCGCGGCGAGAAGGGUGAACGCGGAUUGAUCGGCGAGACGGGACUGGUGGGUCGACCCGGACCAAAGGGAGAUCGCGGUCUGCAGGGCGAGCGGGGCUUCGAGGGUGCCAUCGGUCUAAUCGGCGAGAAGGGCGAGCCAGGUGCUCCGUGCUCCGCCGCUUUGGACUACCUCACCGGCAUCCUGGUGACGCGUCACAGCCAGUCGACAUCAGUGCCGACGUGCUUCGCCGGCCAAACGGAACUCUGGUCGGGCUACUCGCUUCUGUAUGUCGAUGGCAAUGACUAUGCCCACAACCAGGAGCUCGGCUCCGCUGGAUCCUGUGUGCCCCGUUUCUCGACGCUGCCUGUGAUGUCCUGCGGCCAGAACAACGUCUGCAACUACGCCUCGCGCAACGACAGGACCUUCUGGCUGACCACCAACGCCGAUCUCCCCAUGAUGCCCGUCGAGAACAACGACAUCCAGCAGUACAUCUCACGCUGCGUCGUCUGCGAGGCUCCGGCCAACGUGAUCGCCGUGCACAGCCAGACGAUAGAGGUGCCCGACUGUCCCAACGGCUGGGAGAGCCUCUGGAUCGGCUUCAGUUUCGUCAUGCACACUGCCGUGGGCAACGGAGGCGGUGGACAGGCGCUGCAAUCGCCUGGAUCCUGUUUGGAGGACUUCCGCGCCACGCCCUUCAUCGAGUGCAACGGAGCGAAGGGCACGUGCCACUUCUACGAGACGAUGACCAGCUUCUGGCUGUUCAACCUGGACUCCACGCCCUCGUUCGAGAAGCCGCAGAUGCAGACGAUCAAGGCUGGCGAGCGGCAGUCGCGUGUCUCCAGGUGCCAGGUGUGCAUGAAGAACUCGUCGUAGGACUCGUCCUUCGCCAAGGACUUACCCACACAGACACACAGAGCGAAGCGCCAAGCACACACACAGCAAUAAGUUUAAUCUAAAUGUAAAGCCCUAAAUAUACCAACGAAUUGUGUGCGCACACCUACACACCCAAAUUAGCACACACUCACACACAAACAAACCAACAAACACACACACCGACGAACAACCAACACUGCUACAAAUUCCUUAAACUAACCAAAAAGAAACAAGAAGAAAAAAACGGGGAACCACGGUCGAAGUGCUAAAAACCGACCUGGCCACCUAAAUGCCAUUUUUUUGUCUGCCAAUUAAUGUUCUAAACAAAUGUAAACUGCUUCUAAGUUACGUUACGUUAGUUAAGUAAAUCAAGCAAAUAAAUAAACUAGCCUCGGUCGUAUGUCGAAAAAUAUAAUACAAUACCUAUGUGCGAGCAUGUUCCAUUUUUUGAUCACCCCUAUCAAAUGCGAAUCAAUGCACCGUGUAAGGAUAUAACAAUAUCGAACAAUUCCCUUGACAUAUAGAUCGCCUCCUCAACUGCUAUACACAACUUUUUCGCUAAUUGUUUACGUUUAUGAAACAAACAAAAAAUGGUAAAAUAAAGAAAUUUUAUAAAUA